AUGGCGACUGCAUUCAAGAAGGCCUUAGACAAGGCCACGAGCGAGGAGCUCCUGGAGUCCAACCUCGCCCUGUACAUUGGCGUUCUGGACCACAUUCGUGGCAUGGACGUCCCCGCCAAAGUGGCCAUGGGCAUCAUGCGCAAGCGGCUCAUGCACAAGAACCCAAACGUGGCCCUGCGAACCCUCGAGGUGAUUGAAAUGGCCGUGAAGAACUGCGGCGCAGAGAUUCAGUCGGAGGUGGCGACAGAGGCGUUCAUGAACGACAUGCGCAAGCUCCUCAAGUCGGAUGCUGUGGACCUGCGGAAGAAAGUGCUUGAGGUGCUGCAGGUUUGGGCGCUGGCGUUUGAGAAGCAGCCUGCGUACCGGGUGGUGGUUGACACAUACAACGUGUUGCGGAUGGAGGGCUACCCGUUCCCCCCGCCAGACCCGCAGGCGGAUGCCAUGUUCGUUGCUGAACGCCCGCCCGAGUGGAAGGAGGGCAAGGCAUGCUUCUCCUGCCGCUCCACGUUUGGGCUGACGGUGCGCCGCCACCACUGCCGGAACUGCGGCCAGAUCUUCUGCCAGUCGUGCAGCAGCAAGACGACGACCAUUUCGCGGUUUGGGAUUGAGAAACCCGUUCGCGUGUGCGACUCGUGUUUUGACAAGAUCCAGAAGGGAGAGAACGUGACCAGCACGGCGGAGGAGGACACGAGUCAGCUCUCAGAUUAUGAACUCUUGCAGCGCCUCUCUCUCAAGAACCAGCACUUGACACCGGAGCAGCAAGUUGCGCGCAUGAUGGAGCUGGAGCAGGCAGAACGCAAUUCACAGCAGCAGCAGCAGCAGCAGCAGCAGCAUUCAUCGUCGUCCAAGGAUGAGGAAGCCAAAAUGAAGGAGGAGGAAGAGCUGCAGCUUGCGCUGGCGCUGUCGCUCAGCGAACAAGAAGCACAGGCAGCGCCGCCACCAGCGUCGUAUGGGAGUGCGCCCUCGUCGUAUCCGCAGCCGUCACCGUCAUCAUCAGGAUUGUAUGACCUCGGAGCGCUGCCACAGCACGAUGAUGACCGCAUGGCCGGGUACCUGCAGCAGCAGAGGCAGCGGCAACAACGGCAGCAACAGCUGCAACAACAGCAGAGACACAGACAGAAGCAGAAACAGAAGCAGGAGAAGAAGAAGAAACAAAAGCAACAGCCACAGAAGCAGCAGCCGGAGCAACUUGAACAAGCUGUCCCCGUCAAAGGCGCAAACGGCGGUGACGAGGGUAAGUCGGGGUGCUUGCUGCUGCUGCUGCUGCUGCUGUGUGAGAAGUACGGCAAGGCGAAGGAGAGCAAGGCGGCGCUGGUUGAGGCGCACAAGCAAUAUGAGGAGCAACAGGAAAAGGCAAAACGCGAACAGGAACUCUUGGAACGCAUGCACAUGGAGCGCAAGAUGCAGUUGCUGAAGCAGCAGGAGGAAGAGCAGCGCGCAUACCAGAUGCAAAUGGAGCAACAGCGCCAAGCCGAGCUGCUUCGACAGCAACAGUUGGCCCAGGAGCGUGAGGCGCAGAAGCGCGCCGCGUACACGAUGGCCCUCGGUCAGCAGCAGCCGCCGGGGUACCCUGCCCACGCGCAAGGCUUCCCUCCGCAGCAACCACCGACGUCUGCACCGCUUUACACGAACGAGCCGCAGCAGCCCAAUGGUCAUAGCCACCACCACCUUCAUCAACCGCCACAGCAGCCGCCACAGCAGCCCCUUCAUCAACCGCCACAGCAGCCGCCACAAUUCCACGCGCCGCCGCCUGGUUACGCCAUGUCGCCACCACACGGCGCUGCGCACGGUGCAACCCCAACACCGCCCCCGCCAGCAGCAGCAACAACAGCAACAACAACAACAACAAUAACUGCGCCACCACCGCCAUCGUCGUCAGUCUCGUCACAGCACCAGCAUCACCAGCAUCACCAGCCUGGGUUUGCGCCCGCGCCUCAGCCGCAGCACCAGUUUGGUGCCCCCUCGCCUGCCCAAUCUCAACCCCCCAUGCAUCAUGGCCCACCACCAGCAGCACAGCAGCAUCAGCAGCAGCAGCAGCAGCAGCAGCAGCAGCAGCAGCAGCAGCACCAACAGCAGCAGCAGCAGCAGCAGCACGCCUAUGGUGCAGGCCCCUCUGCCCAGCACCCACCGCAGCAGCAGCACCAACAGCAGCAACCCUAUCAUACCCAGCCUUAUGGGCAGUCCGGGGCGCCACAGCCGCCACAGCCGCCGCAGCCUCAGCAGCAGCAGUAUUCCCCAUACCCACAGCAAGCACCACACAUGGUGCACCACCACGGCCCACCACCACCAACACAGCAACCACCUGCCAGCAACAAUGAUGACCUGCUGAUUGACCUUUCUUGA